AUGACAAAAAAUGAUGGCGAUUAUGGUGCGGUAGAUGUUGCUAAUAAUAAUAAACAUUCAACUAAUAUAGAACCGAAUACUAAGUCGGAUGGGAACACGAAGGCUAUAAAAACAACAAACAUCAUAAGAAAAGUAAAAUCUCCCGAUAGUACCAAUACGGCUGAUUCUGAUUCAGAAUCUAAAAUUAGUAUGAAUCUUAAUAUUAAUAUUCCUACGGUAAAUUCAAAGACAGGUGAAGAGGAAAACGAAAAUGAAGACGAAGGCGCUUCAUCGCUAGCAUCCUCUCAAUUAUCAUCAUUAAAUGAAGAACAAGACAUAUAUGAGGAUGAGGAUACUGAAGAUGGAGAACUUAUACAACCAGAACAUGAGUUUUCAGAACAAUUAGAAUUACAAAAUUUCAAAAUAAUUAAUAAAAUCGGUGAAGGUGCAUUCUCAAAAGUAUUUAGAGCGGUUCCUAUAGAAGAUAGUCCCAAUGCAUUCUUGACUAAAAGCUAUAAAGAAGUUGCUAUAAAAGUGAUCAAGAAAACCGACUUAUCCUCACUGGACAUCAAUAAAGAUCAUUUAUUUCAUGAACCACCUGCUAAACAGCACAAUAAAAAUGAGAAGCAACACAGUAGUAAGACUUCAUCCAAAGAACAAGUACUAAAGGAAGUAAUGAUACACAAGGCAGUAACAAACAACUGCGAUAACAUUGUUGCCUUCGUUGAUUUCCAAGAAUCCAAAACGUACUAUUAUUUAAUCCAAGAAUUAUUACACGGUGGUGAAAUUUUUGGUGAGAUUGUCAAAUUGACAUAUUUUAGUGAAGAUCUCUCAAGACACGUUAUUAAACAAUUAGCCAUUGCAAUUAAACAUAUGCAUUCUUUGGGGAUCGUUCAUAGAGAUAUCAAACCUGAGAAUUUAUUAUUUGAGCCUAUUGAAUACAUUCCUUCAUUAAAACCGAAAUUAAGAAAAUCAGAUGACCCACAGACUAAAGUAGAUGAAGGGGUAUUCACACCGGGUGUUGGAGGUGGUGGAAUUGGUGUUGUUAAAUUAGCAGAUUUUGGUCUUUCCAAACAAAUUUUCUCUACAAACACAAAGACACCUUGUGGCACUGUAGGUUAUACCGCUCCAGAAGUUGUUAAAGACGAAAGAUAUUCAAUGAAAGUAGAUAUGUGGGGGAUUGGUUGUGUAUUAUAUACCAUGCUAUGUGGAUUCCCACCUUUUUAUGAUGAAAAAAUUGACACUUUGACUGAAAAGAUUUCUCGUGGUGAAUAUACGUUUCUAGCUCCAUGGUGGGAUGAAAUUAGUAAUGGUGCUAAGAAUGCUGUAAUGAGACUCUUGGAAGUGGACCCAAACAGGAGAUAUGAUAUUGAUGAAUUCUUAGCGGAUCCAUGGUUGAAUACAUUCGAUUGUGAAAGAGAGAAGGAGAAAUUGGAUAAUGCAAAGAAACAAAUUAAUAAGAGAAGGUCACGUAGAAAUAAGAAAUUUUUUAUGGAAAGAGAUUCGACUUUAUUAUAUUCUCCAGCUGCCGUAGCUAUGCGUGAUGCAUUUGAUAUCAGCAAUGCCGUACAACGUAUAGAAGAAGAUAAAAGAGAUAGUCCGUAUAUACUGGGUGCAUUAGCUGAAGAUGAAGAAGAAGAAUUCCGUUUGGGGAGUAGCACUGCCAAGAGUAAUAAAAACACGAACAAUCUAAACGGGUUAGAUGAUGAUAUGUUCCAGUUGAAAUUAGAUACAUCAACAAUUUUGAAAAGAAGACAAGAGAAAAAUCAUAACAUAAUACAAAAUACAACAAGUAUCCCUCCUAUUCCCGGGAAAUCAAUUUCUUUCAUCACAUAG